GCUAGGCUGUUUGCUGGUUGCUAGCUGCGGCUGCUCGCCCGGCCUCCCGGCCGUUUCAUUGUCACCGGGCCUCGGAGUCAGCGCCGGGCCCGGGGGCGUGAAGUCGCCGGCCCAAAGCCUGGGCCCCGCCCGUCCCAGCCUGGAGGGCCCCGCGCACCCUUCGCCGUUCGGUCCCGCAGGCCCCGAGUCCCAGGCCCAACCCGCGCAGGGCCUACUUGUCCACCAUGAAAGGCUCCAGGGCCCUCAGUGGCCCCUCCGGCCCUCCCGAGGGCAGCCCGGAAAGCAUGGACCUGAGUCUGACAGGCCUCCCUCCGCCCAUGUCCCGGCGUCCCAACAGUGCCUCCACCGCCAAGCCCAUCGCCCGCUCCAUCUCCGUGGUCACUGGCAGCGAGCCAAGGAGGAAGAUGCUGGAGGCCCCAGGGCCCGGAGGCUCCCGGGCCAUCAGCAACCUUCGCAGAUCUAACAGUGCCACGCAGGUCAACCAGCCACAAGCCAGCCAGGCAUGGCCCGGCCCCCUCAGGCCGGAAGAGCCCCCGGACUUCCUGACACUCUUUGAGGGCAGCCCCGGUGGGAGAAAGAGGCCUGCCAGUCUGAGCAAAGCUUCCAGCGAGAAGGGAGCCACGUGGAACGUCCUGGAUGACCAGCCCAGGGCCUUCACCUUGCCACCCGAUGCCCAGAGUCCUGGCACCCUCGACGUGCUGGUGGGCCCGCGGAGGAGAGAGUGCACGGUGCCCCUGGCCCCCAACUUUACUGCCAACAACAGGAGCAACAAGGGCGCCGUGGGCAACUGCGUCACCACCAUGGUGCACAACCACUACACCCCCUCGGAGAAGGUGCCGCCCCCCAAGAGCUCCAACCACAUGGCUCCCUCCCUCAACAACAUCAUCAAGGCAGCCACAGACGAGGGCGAGGGCGGCAGCCUCGGGAAGCCGCAGAAGAACGCGGCCCGUAGCAACCACACGGUCCAGAACAACUCAGGGGGCACCGCCGGCCAGCUCAGACGGAAGGAGGUGACCGAGGAGGAGGCUGAGAGGUUUAUCCACCAGGUGAACCAGGCCGCCAUCACCAUCCAGCGCUGGUACCGACAUCAAGUGCAACGGCGCCGAGCUGGAGCCGCCCGCCUGGAGCACCUGCUGGCGUCCAAGCGAGAGGGGCAGCGGCAGCGGCUAGGAGAGGGGACCCUCCUGGACCAGCACCAACAGAAAGAGGUGGCCAGGAGGAAGGCCCGGGAGGAGAAGGCGCGCCAGGCCCGGAGGGCAGCCAUCCAGGAACUGCAGCAGAAGCGAGCCCAGAAGUCAGGUAACGCUGACCGUGGGCUGCUGAAGCGGCCGGGGGAGACAGGGAAGCCCCAGACCACCCAGGAGCCAACCCUGAGGCCAGGGAGCGCCGCCCAGCAGACCCGCAAGGCCAAUAACACUGGGGCUGGCCUCCGCACCGCGGGCCUGGAGGACCCCUGCCAGCCUGCCCACGACUCGUCGCCAGAGCCCCGGCAGCUUCCAGAGGACAAGCCUCAGGAUGCCAGCUCCCAGGACGUGGCUGGCGGGGGCCUGGAAGCUUUGGGCCCUGCUGGGAGCAGGGCCAAGUCCAGGGCAACCCUGGACGAGCUGCUGGACACUCUGAAGCUGCUGGAGCAGGAGCCUGAGCCGCUGCCCCGCCCUGAGGCCUACCACAAGGACAAAUACGCCUGGACCGACGAGGAGGACGAUUCCAGCUCCCUGACAGCCGACAACCUGGAGAAAUUUGGGAAGCUGAGUGUGGCUGCUUGCCCCCGCGAGGAUGGGACCCUGCUUUCGGAGGCCAAGCUGCAGAGUAUCAUGAGCUUCCUGGAUGAGAUGGAGAAGUCUGGGCAGGGCCCGCCGGCCUCGGCCCCCCAGGGGCCCAUGCCGGAGGAGGGGCUGGGGCGCCUGGAGCCCGCGUCCGAGGUCAGCACGUCGGUGAUGCGGCUGCAGCUGGAGGUGGAAGAGAAGAAGCAGGCGAUGGUGCUGUUGCAGAGGGCGCUGGCGCAGCAGCGCGACCUCACCAUCCGGCGGGUCAAAGAGACGGAGAAGGAGCUGGGUCGGCAGCUGCGGCAGCAGAAGGAGCACUACGAGGCCACCAUACAGCGGCACCUGUCCUUCAUCGACCAGGUGUUGAUCGAAGACAAGAAGGCUCUGGGUGAGAAGUGCGAGGCCCUGGUGGCCGAGCUGAAGCGGGGGGACCAGAGGCUCAAGGACAAGGAGGCCCAGAUGCAGGAGCAGCACGAGCUGGAGAUUAAGAAACUCAAAGAACUCAUGAGCGCCACCGAAAAAGUCCGCAGGGAAAAGUGGAUCAAUGAGAAGACCCGGAAGAUCAAGGAGAUCACGGUCAAAGGCCUGGAGCCUGAGAUCCAGAAGCUGAUCGCCAAGCACAAGCAGGAGGUGAAGAAGCUAAAGAGCCUGCACGCGGUGGAGCUGCUGCAGGCGGACGAGCGCGCGGCCCAGCGCUACGGACGCCAGGCGGAGGAGCUCCGCGAGCACCUGGAGCGGGAGAAGGAGGCGCUGGGCCGUCAGGAGUGGGAGCGUGCCCAGCAGCGCUUCGAGCAGCACCUGGAGCAGGAGCAGCGGGCCCUGCAGCAGCAGCGGCGGCGGCUCUACAACGAGGUGGCCGAGGAGAAGGAGCGGCUGGGCCAGCAGGCCGCCAGGCAGCGGGCAGAGCUGGACGAGCUGAGGCAGCAGCUGGAGGAGAGCAGCUCGGCAGGGGGCCGGGCCUUGAGGGCCGAGUUUGAGAAGGGGAGAGAGGAGCAGGAGCGCAGGCACCAGAUGGAACUGAAGGCCCUGAAGGACCAGCUGGAGGUGGAGAAACAGAUGUGGGAGGCCAACUCCGCCAAGAAGGAGGAAGCGUGGCUGCUGAACCGGGAACGGGAGCUGAAGGAAGAGAUCCGGAGAGGCCGGGACAAGGAGAUCGAGCUGGUCAUCCACCGGCUGGAGGCCGACAUGACGCUGGCCAGGGAGGAGAACGAGCGGGCCGCUGAGAGCCGGGUCAAACGCCUCCGGGAUAAGUACGAGGCAGAGCUCUCAGAGCUGGAACAGUCGGAGCGGAAGCUCCAGGAACGGUGCGCAGAGCUGAAGGGGCGCCUUGGGGAGGCCGAGGGGGAGAACGUGCGUCUGCAGGGCCUGGUGCGGCAGAAGGAGAAGGAGCUGGCGGAUGUGAAGGCGGUAAAUGAGCAGCUGGCUGGCGAGCGCAGCAGCCUGGCCCAGGUCCUUCGCCAGGAGUUCGCUGACCGGCUGGCAGCUUCCGAGGAGGAGAACCGGCAGGUCAGGGCCGAGCUGGCCGAGCUGCGGACCCGCCAGCGGCUGGAGCUGGAGCGGCUCACGCGGGAGAAGCAGGCGGAGCUGGAGGAGGUUCACGGGAGGGUGAAGCUGGCCCUGGCAAAGAAGGAGGAGGCCGUGAGCAGCCUCCGGAAGCAGCACGAGGCCGCGAUGAAGAGGGCCGACCACCUGGAGGAGCUGCUGGAGCAGCGCAGGCGGCCGUGCCCGAGUGCCAAGUGACCGCCGACAGCAGCAGGCUGAGGGCGCCUGGCAGGAGGUGCUCUGGCCGCCCCUCAGGGGGAGCACCGAGGCUACGUCGUAACAGUAAAGAGGUGUCUUUUAAUA